AGAGGGCGCCUCGCUCUCUCACCCAGGCUGGAGUGCAGUGGCAGGAUCUUGGCUCACUGCAACCUCUGCCUCACAGGUUCAAGCGAUUUUCCUGCCUCAGCCUCCAGAGUAGCUGGGAUUACAGGCGCACGCCACCACACCUGGCUAAUUUUUGUAUUUUUAGUAAAGACGGGGUUUCUCCAUUUUGGUUAGGCUGGUCUCGAACUCCUGACCUCGUGAUCCGCCCGCCUCGGCCUCCCAAAGUGCUGGGAUUACAGGCGUGAGCCACCGUGCCCGGCCAGGAGGUCACUUUAAGGAGGGCUGUCCAACUGCAAGGACGCUGUAAGCAGGAAGUGAAACCACAGCGCUUCAAAAAAAGAGGGAGACUGGGACAAGCGUAUCUAAGAGGCUGAGCAUGAAUCCACAGAUCAGAAAUCCGAUGGAGCGGAUGUAUCGACGCACAUUCUACUACAACUUUGAAAACAAACCCAUCCUCUGUGGUCGGAGCUACACCUGGCUGUGCUACGAAGUGAAAAUAAGGAAGGACCCCUCAAAGCUCCCUUGGGACAAAGGGGUCUUUCGAGGCCAGGUACUACCCAAAUUUCAAUCGAAUCACAGGCAGGAGGUGUAUUUCCAGCUUGAGAACCACGCAGAAAUGUGCUUCCUCUCUUGGUUCUGUGGCAACCAACUGCCUGCUAACAGGCGCUUCCAGAUCACCUGGUUUGUAUCAUGGAACCCCUGCCUGCCCUGUGUGGCGAAGGUGACCGAAUUCUUGGCUGAGCACCCCAAUGUCACCCUGACCAUCUCUGCCGCCCGCCUCUACUACUACCGGGGUAGAGAUUGGCGGAGGGCGCUCCGCAGGCUGCAUAAGGCAGGGGCCCGUGUGAAGAUCAUGGACUAUGAAGACUUUGCAUACUGCUGGGAAAACUUUGUGUGCAAUGAAGGUCAGCCAUUCAAGCCUUGGUACAAAUUCAAUGACAAUUAUGCAUUCCUGCACCACCGGCUAAAUGAGAUUCUCAGAAACCCGAUGGAGGUAACGUAUCCACACAUAUUCUACUUCCACUUUGAAAACCUACGGAAAGCCUAUGGUCGGAACGAAACCUGGCUGUGCUUCACCAUGAAAGUUAUAAAGUGGCCCUCACGUGUCUCCUGGAAGAGUGGCGUCUUCCGAAACCAGGUGGAUCCUGAGACCCAUUGUCAUGCAGAAAUGUGCUUCCUCUCUUGGUUCUGUGACGACAUACUGACUCCUAACAAAAACUACGAGGUCACCUGGUACACAUCUUGGAGCCCUUGCCCAGAGUGUGCAGGGGAGGUGGCGGAGUUCCUGGCCAGGCACAGCAACGUGAAUCUCACCAUCUUCACCGCCCGCCUCUACUACUUCUGGAAUACAGAUUACCAGGAGGGGCUCCGCAGCCUGAGUGAGGAAGGGGCCUCCGUGGAGAUCAUGGAGUACAAACACUUUAAAUAUUGUUGGGAAAACUUUGUGUACAAUGAUGAUGAGCCAUUCAAGCCUUGGAAGGGACUAAAAACCAACUUUCGAUUUCUGGAAAGAAAGCUAUGGGAGAUUAUCAAGUGAGGGGUCUCCCCGAGCCUCAUGGUCUGUCUCCUCUAGCCUCCUGCUCAUGCUCUGCGGGCCUCCCCUCCACCCUGGAUCAGCUGUGCUUUUACCUGGUCAUCCUGAGCACCCCCGGCCUCAGGGCCAUUCCAUAGUGCUCCCCUGCCUCACUGCCUCCUCCCGGCUCUCCCAGGCUCUUCUUGCAGAGGCCCUCCAUCCACCUCCCCAGUCCUGUUCCCCCAGCCUGGGUGCCCCUAACCUGACUCUUCCCAUCUCCCCAGCAUAACCAAAUCUUUUUUUUUUUUUUUUUUGAGACGAAGUUUUGCUCUGUCGCCCAGACUGGAGUGCAAUGGUUGGAUCUCAGCUCACUGCAAAGUCCGCCUACCGGGUUCAAGUGAUUCUCCUGUCUCAGCCUCUGAGUAGCUGGGAUUACAGAUGCCUGCCACCACGCCCAGCUAAUUUUUUUUUUUUUUUGUAUUUUUAGUAGUGACUGGGUUUCACCAUGUUGGACAGGCUGGUCUUGAACUCCUGACCUCGGGUGAUCUGCCCAUCUCUGCCUCCCAAACUGCUGGGAUUACAGGCGUGAACCACCCUGCCUGGCUGCAUAACCAAAUCUUAUUAAACUCAAUCUAGUCUUGGCCGCGGUGACUCACGCCAUUGGGAGGCAGAGGUGAGAGAAUUGCUUGAGCUCAGGAAUUUGAGACCAGCCUGGGUGACAUGACAAAGCCCCAUCUCUACAAAAAAAAAUACAGAAAAAAAAAUAGCCAGAUGUGGUGGCAUGCACCUGUAGUUUAAGCUACUUGGGAGGAUGAAGUGGAAGGAUUGCUUGAGCUGGGGAGGUGGAGGCUGCAGUGAACUGAGAUCACACCACAGAACUCCAGUCUGAGCAACAGAUCGAGACCCUGCCUGAAAAUAAAUCAAUAAAUAAACUCAACCUAAAUGGA